AAGCAGUUGAGGCUAUUGGUUUCUGCUCUGGCUUUAUUGCUUAAUACCAUUAAAUAUUUUCAGUUGUAAACCUAUAUUUUGAACAAGGAGGUUAGAUCAGGGACUUCAGCAGAUAUUAAUCACGCCGUGGUUACAAUGUCUUUUGACAGAAAAGUCACCCUUAAACCAACUGAUCUUGACUGGUCACCUGAUUUCAACUACAGUUAUGAUUAUAACUAUUCUGGUGGUGAUGUGUGUGGUCCAGAGUCCAGCAUGCACUUUGAUUCCAUUUUUAUUCCAGUCCUUUACACUGUGGCGCUGAUAGUGGGGCUGUUGGGAAAUGGUCUGGUGCUUGUAGUGCUGUGGAGGAAAAGGAGGAGCUGGAAUGUCACAGACAUCUUCAUUCUUCAUCUGAGUUUAGCUGAUGUUCUGUUGCUGCUGACACUGCCACUGCGGGCAGUAGAGGCGGUGAGAGGAUGGAGCUUUGGCACGGGACUCUGCAAACUCACAGGAGCUUUGUUCAUGAUCAGUUUGUACUGUGGUGUUUUCAUGCUGACCUGCGUCAGUCUUGACCUCUACCUGUCAAUCAUCCACGCAGUGCAGAUGAAGCCCAUGGUGAUACAUUGUUGCUGUCUGACCAUCUGGCUUUUCUGUCUACUGCUCUCCAUUCCCAACUGGAUGUUCCUCCAGGUCUUAGAAAAUUAUAUACAUCAAGAUAAAACAGAAUGUACUAAUUUAUCCUAUCUGGCUCCUAGUCUUCUCUAUCAUGUGGUGGGCUUCACUCUGCCUGCAAUAAUCCUUAUUUAUUGUUUCACUCGCAUCCUGCUGCGGUUGAAGUGUGGAUCCCAUUACAUGCAGAAGAAACGGGCCUUGCGUGUCAUUUUAGCCCUAGUACUGUCCUUUUUAAUCAGCUGGAUGCCCUAUAAUAUCACCCUCAUCAUUGACACUAUCAGAAAUGCUAAUUUCAGUGACCAAACAUUGUGUGACAACAGUACAGCACUAAAUAGAGCCCUAACAGUUACUUUUGCUUUAGGCUGCCUAAACUGGUGCAUCACCCCAGUGCUUUACGCUUUCGUAGGCGGAAAGUUUGGGAAGCACCUGCUGGUUUAAUAAAACUUUAAUGGAUUAUAGAACUCAUGGCAACAUUUUUGAUAUUUUUUGGAUUUUCGAAAUCCAAAUCAGCAUUAACCCACUAGAAACAUUACGUUUCAGAAAACGGAUGCUGGUGCAAUGAAACACAUUUUACAAGAUGCAUACACACAUAUCAGAGAGGCAAAUAUGAUUUUUUUCUGCAAGAUAUUAACUGGAUUCACUCUGGGGUAUUAAAAUGGAAAGUGUUGACAAAUGUUUGGUUCUGCGUGUUUAUACAGAAGAGAUGGUUCUUAGCAAUGUUAUUCAAAGUUAAUGGGGUUGUUCUAAGAAAGUUGUCCUAAUUGUUUCCUAACAACUGCUUGUUUUUGUUUUUUUCUUAUGAUGCCACAAUGUUUUUAAUAUCUCCGUUGCUGUUUAAUGGAACGCAAAAUUUGAACAGAUUCAUAAUUUUGUUCAAUGACUUUAAUGAACUCUAAGUCUAACUUUUUACUUGAAGUUAU